AAAAAUCCACAAUAAUAUUUUUGUGCUUUUUGAAUUUAUUUUCUUCGAGGUGGUGUACAAAUUAUUGCUCAAAAUAGACAAGAAAGUUUACCAAGAUGACGAAGAAGGAUAUUAGUUUAGCAGAUAUUUACCAGCUAGAAAGGUUUGGUAGUGGACCGAAGAUGUUCUUCUUGUUCUUCUAUGCUCCUAUUGGUUUGGUUUUGGCUGUUUUUCGUCUUUUUUUAGCGCUCCAACUUCUACUAGUACUUUCAUUUUUAAACAAAACAUGGCUUUUUACUAGAUUAUUACUAAAAGUUUGUGGUGCUGUCCUUGGAAUUAUAGUUACGUCAGAGGGUAUAGAAAACUUACAGAGAGAAAGAYUAAAGAUAAUUGUUAGCAACCAUGUUACUAUGAUGGAUAAUGUUGCCAUGGAAAUUGCAACACCUUGCGUUAUGGCACCAAGAAGUGUUAGUGGUUGUUUGAAGUAUCUGGAAACAACAUUAAAUGACGGCACUGGUGGAGUAAACAUGAAGCAGGAUGAUUUUGAAUCAAAACUUCCAGGAAUUUUGGCAGCUGAUCCAUCUGUUUCAUUCUUGGGUUUUCCUGAAGAAGCCAACUCAAGUGAAAACAGUCCUGGCCUUCUCCAGUUUUCGUCCUGGCCAUUUGGGAUUAUGGACACUGUUGUUCCUGCUCUUAUCACUACAAGGAGGCUUCCAUURCCACCCAUACACCAUUCUGUAAUGAGGAGUCAUUGGAUAUCUGAAAUAUUUUGGUUUUUCUUUGUUCCAUUUACACAUUUUCAUAUAAGGUUUUUACCAUCCAUCACUAAGCAAGAAGAUCAAACCAAAGAACAAUUUUGUAGGCAUGUAGAAAAGAUCAUGGCUUCAACAUUGGGUGUCCAAACCACAAUAUACUCAUCGCUAAAUAAAGCAAUAUAUGCAAUAAAGCUAAGAAGAGAUGAAGAAUUACGGCAACYGGGGCAAGAUCAGACACAAAGACAAAARAGUUCACCAACRAGAAGAAAAAAACGAGUGAAAACUASRGAGAGCCRAGUUCAGGACACUCGUCUCAAUAAAAUGGCRACACAAGUCAAAGAAGUUCUUCCACAAGUUCCUUUAGAGGCAAUUAAGAAGGACUUAGGUAAAACACAGUGCAUAGAUACAACUAUUACCAAUAUCAUAGAAGGAAGAGUGUCAUAUAAACCUGAAGACACGGCACCAAAACCAUCAACUCCAAAAGAACCUUGUGCUUCCUCCUCUUCACCACCCAAAGCUACCAAUGCUGCAACGUCAUUCUCAUCUUCAUCAGAAAUAAGYCACCAGUCAUUUGAGGAGAGGAAAAGAAAUAUGUUGGAGGAGGCAAGAAGGAGAUAUAUAGCCAAGCAUGGUUUGUGAGAAGAUUGUCUACUUUGGUAUAUGCAACAUUUCUACUGUAUUAUUAUCAGCUGAAACAUUGCUGAAUUAAGGAGAAAAACUUGAAAAGUAUCAAAAUAACAUUGACAGUUAUGAAACUGAAACACACAGCAUGUGGUUUGAUACYUUARCUGCACAAGUCAAAUCAAGUGAAACUCAUUCCCAGYGCUURUCUGCUCACUUUUU